CAUUUAACCGCAUCGUUUGUAAACUUAAAAUUUUAGCACGUGGUUCGAUUGUAGAAUUCAUGUGCCGUGUUUAAUUUAAUUUGUAGUGAUUUUGUGUAGAAUUAAUAUAUAUUUUAUAAAUGGGACGUCCAGGAUUUUCACCUAGAGGAGGUGGCGGUGGCCGUGGUGGUUUUGGUGGGGGUGGUCGUGGAGGAGGCGGUGGUGGUCGUGGUGGUUUUGGAGGUAGAGGCGGUGGUGGUGGUGGCGGCCGUGGUGGUUUUGGAGGUAGAGGUGGUGGUGGCAGGGGGGGUGGCCGUGGAGGUGGUGGUAGAGGUGGCGGAGGACGUGGAGGACGAGGUGGUGGCGGAGGUGGAUUCAAAGGUGGUAAAACAGUUGUUGUUGAACCACAUCGUCAUGAAGGUGUGUUCAUAGCGCGUGGCAAAGAAGACGCAUUAGUCACCCUAAACUUGGUACCUGGAUCAGAAGUAUACGGCGAAAAAAGAAUAUCAGUUGAAUCCCCUUCAAAUACUCCGGGUGGUACAGCCGAAAAAGUUGAAUAUCGUGUAUGGAAUCCAUUCCGUAGUAAAUUAGCUGCAGCUAUAUUAGGAGGAAUAGAUCGUAUUUAUAUGCCACCCGGUUCCAAAGUAUUGUACUUGGGUGCCGCAUCUGGAACAACGGUAUCACAUGUAUCCGAUGUGGUUGGACCUGAAGGUCUUGUAUAUGCCGUUGAAUUUUCACAUCGAAGUGGACGAGAUUUAAUAAAUGUUGCGAAAAAACGUACAAAUAUUAUUCCAAUAAUUGAAGAUGCCCGUCAUCCACAUAAAUAUCGUAUGCUUGUUGGUAUGGUCGAUACAAUUUUCGCGGAUGUUGCUCAACCCGAUCAAGCACGUAUUGUUGCACUAAACGCUCAACAUUUUUUGAAAAAUGGUGGCCAUUUUGUUAUUUCCAUAAAAGCAUCGUGUAUUGAUAGUACGGCACAACCAGAAGCUGUAUUUGCCGCGGAAGUGAAGAAACUACAAGCGGAUAAAUUAAAACCAAAAGAACAGAUUACGUUAGAGCCGUAUGAACGAGAUCAUGCUGUAGUCGUUGGUGAAUUUAGACCGCCGACCAAAAAUUAAAAAUUUUGUUAUUAAGAAAAGAAUUUGAUUAUAUAAUUUUUAUUAAUUAGAAAAAAAAUAUUUUUUUAAUUGAAUCCUGGACGUUAGUGGGAUAGAGUUCUUGUAAGUAAGACUGAUUGUCGAGGGAAAAUCGAGAAUCAUCGGGAAUAUGAUCCUUUUUUCUAAACUAAUUAUAUAAAAAAGAAAGACUUGUCGGGGAAUAUUAUCCCUUUUUUUAAAUAUAUAGCGUAUAAAAGAGGCAAAAAUUAGUUCAUUUUACGACUGGGCGAGUAAUUCAUAAAUAUCAACGAACAUCUUUUCAAAGCAUAGGAUUUCGAUAUCUUUAAAUGAAUCCUUCUUCAUUUUUUUUUUUAUGAUACUACUAUUUGCCAAGCUUAAAAUCCCGAGAUAAAAAGUAGUUUGCAAUUUUUACCACUCCAAAAACAGGUCGAUACCAUGAAAACUAAAAAGGAGCGAAUGUGGCUUUCAUAAUACAUAAGGUAAUUUCGAUCUAAAAAUAUACAAAUCUGGUUAUUUUUUACUUAAUUUCGUGUUGCUUGGUAAGGUUUUUAUGGAAUAUGAAAUUCAAUUUAAUUUAGAAUCGUUAAAUCCAAAUUUGAUAUAAUUUUAAUCGCAGAGCUUCAACUCUCUCACUUACAAGACUCUAAACUAAACCACUGUUAUUUAAACACAGAUUAAUGUAAAAUAUGACGUUAAGUAAUUAAAAUUAAGGUAACUUUUAUAUAUGU